CACACAUAUAUAUAUGUGUGUAUACAUGUGUAUAUAUACAAACGUGUGUGUGUGUAUAUAUAUAUAUAUAUAUAUAUAUAUAUAUAUAUAUGUGUGUGUGUGUGUCACUGCAAAGUGAGUGUGGAUUCUGUAAAAGCUCCUUGAAGUGACCCAUUAAAAGUGGUGUCAUUGUUUAUGUCUUCUCCAUCUCAUUUUUUAAAUCUAAAAAGUUAAACUUCAGCAUGUUAAAGUCCUUUAAAAAAUAGUUGACCACAUUUCUUCAAAUCGUGGCUUUAGAGCAUGCCUGCACAGCUGAGGCGGCAUCUGUAAAGCUGAGGUACAGUGGAGUUUAAAGAGUAAGUGCUGCAAAGCCUUCUGGAGGUGCAUUUUUUUUUUUUUUUAAUUCAAAUAAUGAAUUAUUCCCCCCAAUAAACACCUGGUACUCUCUGCAGUUAUUUGUGAACUCUGGGGGGAAAACAAUUAUAAAUAUUUUUUUUUAAGAUUUACAAUUUUACAAACACAUUACCACUAAUAGAUACCAAGUACAAAAUGAAGGAAAUGUUGAAAUGCAGCAAUGCUUUGUUUGUCCAUCAGAUGGCAUCAAAUAGUAACUCUGCAUAAUGACGCUUCAUUCCAGGGCCCAAAAUAAGCAUUUGCCAGCUAUGUAUAGUGUGUACACUGUCACAAUAAGCGUGUUCACAAAAUUAGCCAAUUAAAAUGAGAUUUUAAAAAAAAAAAAAACAUUUUGAAAGAAAGGGCAACUUGAUAUUUGUACACCAGAACUCGGUGAAGCUAAUUAGCCCGACUCCCUCACAACUCGCCAUCGUGGCAUGUGUUAAUAAGCGACCGGCCUGCCACCACAAAGACAUACCUGCAUUAGAGCCGAGAGGCCUGGAGAUGAUCUACUCAACGAGACUUAAUUAACGGCAGCGAGAUGAGCAAAAAGAAGGGCUUUUACUGUAUGCGGCGUUCAUCGGGGGCCCGAAUGACGUUCCACUGGGACGCGGUAAGCCGUAUAUAAGCGGGAGCCGACGACUCCCUGCAACAGCAGCCAGAAAAUGACGUGGUUCACCCCCGAACUGAAGAUGCUGGCCAGGUCAAACACAUCCAAUAAGCAGAAGGUGUUGGUUGUGGUGCUUGUGCUGGUACUGCUGCCCCACGAAGUUCGAUGCGACCCUCACAGCGUGCCCAGCGAGUGCUGCAGGCAGCAGAUGCGGGCAUGUCACCUGCACCUGCUGCUGUGUCGCCCGGGCGCGGUCGGCGCCGGGCCGGCCGACGCCUCCGCCGGCAUCCUUACCUUGGGUAAGCGCACGGAAGACGACCGCGUCUUCAACAGCCGCCUGCAGCAGCUCCUGCACGAGUCCCGGAACCACGCGGCCGGCAUCCUCACCAUGGGCAGGAGGGCCCAGAGCCUGUGGGGGCCUCCCUCGGACGCCACGCCCUCACCUGUUUGAUGGGCUACAAGCAGGGGUGGACUAAACCAUUUGAAAAACACAUGCAAUUUCCAGGCACCCCCAAACAUCUUCGAAAAACUGAUUAAUAAAGUUUUCUUUGAUUUAGAGCAAUUAUUAUUGUUUUAGUUUUAAUUUACACGCUUAAAAACACAUCAAAAUCCUUGAUCGACUUAUCGUGAUCGUUUCGAGGGCUCCCCCCUCCCUUCUCAUGCAAUGGAUUAUUCCUAUUGGGGCAAAUUCCCUUAGAGGAGUUUGUCCCUCGUGUGUCUUGGCCCAAAAUAGCUGCUGCAAAACAAAAUGGCCCACUUCCUGUUCAAUUUAGGACUAGGGUCAGUGAAAUGUUUUUGUGUGCGACCUGUUAUGAUACACGUGUCCACACAAUUUUACGUCAGUAGGUGAAACUGCUGUCUUGGGCUAUUAUUUGUUUUUCAAACUUUCAAGGGCGUGCGACUGAGUGAGUUUUGGGGCGUCAUGUUCAGGACCCCUAAAAUAAUUGCACACAAAUUACCAAAGAUUAUUGAUUUCAUGACCAAAAAAUAAAUAAAAAACUGAUACAUUCUUUGGAAUAAUAAUACUCAACACUUAACACAAAAGCAUUUAAUUGAAUUUAAUAACAAUAGAAUUUGUUAAACUACACCAUUGCUAUUAAAGGCUAUAUAAACAUACACCAUGAAGGGUGCUGUAAAUUCUAAAAAAAUCAUUUUGA